GAUUGGACCCAUAGACGGAUAACCCGCCACCCCUACAUUCUAGCAGUGUGAGUGGGUCAGAACCCGCCAUAGCAUCAAACUUCGCCAUCGACCAUGGAAUUUGAACCGACCGAAGAAGUUAAAGAAACACCCAGGAUCCACCGCCUGGACGAAUCUGUGGUCAACCGAAUCGCUGCUGGAGAGGUUAUCCAACGCCCUGUCUCCGCCGUCAAAGAGCUGGUCGAGAAUAGUUUAGACGCUUCAUCCACUUCCAUAAGCGUCGCCGUGAAGGAUGGUGGUCUUAAACUCAUUCAAGUCUCCGACGAUGGACAUGGCAUUCGAUACAAGGACUUGCCCAUAUUGUGCGAGAGGCAUACGACGUCGAAGUUGUCAAAAUACGAGGAUUUACAGUCUAUAAAGUCGAUGGGGUUUAGAGGAGAGGCGUUGGCCAGCAUGACAUAUGUGGGCCACGUUACCGUAACCACCAUUACCCCGGGCCAAUUGCAUGGAUACAGGGUGUCUUAUAGAGAUGGCGUGAUGGAGCAUGAACCCAAGGCAUGUGCUGCUGUCAAAGGAACCCAAAUAAUGAUUGAGAAUUUGUUCUAUAACAUGAUUGCUAGGAGGAAGACACUGCAAAAUUCUGCAGACGAUUAUACUAAAAUUGUAGACUUGCUAAGCCGCUUUGCCAUUUAUCAUAUAGAUGUGAGCUUCUCUUGUAGAAAGCAUGGAGCUGCUAGAGCAGAUGUUCACUCAGUUGCAACAACAUCAAGGCUUAAUGCUAUCAAAUCUGUUUAUGGGCUCUCGGUUGCUCAGAACCUGAUAAAAAUUGAAGCUGCAGAUAAUGAUCCUUCUAGUUCGGUCUUUGAGAUGGAUGGCUUUAUCUCGAACUCUAACUAUGUUGCAAAGAAAACCACAAUGGUACUUUUUAUUAAUGGUAGAUUGGUCGAAUGCACCGCCUUAAAGAGAGCUAUUGAAGUUGUUUAUGCUGCAACCUUACCAAAAGCAUCUAAACCUUUCAUUUAUAUGUCAAUCAUAUUGCCACCUGAGCAUGUUGAUGUGAACGUGCACCCGACAAAGAGAGAGGUAAGCCUUCUAAACCAGGAAGUCAUUGUCAAAAAGAUACAGUCUGUGGUUGAAUCAGUGUUGAGGAACUCAAAUGAGUCAAGGACAUUCCAAGAACAGCAGGGAGUUGAAGCCUCUCCAUCUGUUCACCCUGUUACAAAAAAUGAUUUAGAUCUUGGUCCCUCACCCUCUGGAUCAAAAUCACAGAAAGUUCCAGUGCACAAAAUAGUGAGAACGGAUUCAUCAGAUCCAGCUGGACGGUUGCAUGCCUACUUAUAUAAUAAUACCCAGAAACACCUUGAGAGAGAUUCUACCUUGACAGCUGUGAGGUCAUCUGUUAGACAAAGAAGGAACCUGAAGGAAACUGCGGAUCUUACUAGCAUUCAGGAGCUUAUUAAUGAUAUUGAUAGCAAAUUUCACUCUGGUCUGCUGGACAUUGUGAGACAAUGCACAUAUGUUGGAAUGGCAGAUGAUGUUUCUGCAUUGCUUCAGCACAAUACGCAGCUAAUUCUUGCUAAUGUGGUGAACGUAAGCAAAGAACUUAUGUAUCAGCAAGCUCUUCGCCGGUUUGCUCAUUUUAAUGCUAUACAACUAAGUGAACCAGCUCCUUUGCAUGAAUUAAUUAUGUUGGCCCUGAAGGAGGAUGACUUGGACCUAGAAAGCAAUGAAAAUGAUGACCUCAAAGAGAAGAUUGCAGAUAUGAACACACAGCUGCUUAAGAAAAAGGCUGAGAUGCUAGAGGAGUAUUUCUGCAUUUUUAUUGAUUCAGAUGGGAACUUAUCAAGACUACCAAUUCUACUUGACCAGUACACUCCAGACAUGGAUCGUCUUCCUGAAUUUGUGCUAUGUUUGGGCAACGAUGUUGAUUGGGAAGAAGAAAAAACUUGCUUUCAAUCACUUGCGGCUGCUCUUGGGAAUUUUUAUGCUAUGCAUCCGCCUCUGUUGCCAAAUCCUUCAGGCAAAGGAUUGGAAUUUUACAGAAAGAGGAAACAUGGGAAGAGUCCUCAAGAUGGGGAAAAAUCUUCUUCUCACGUGGGGGAUGGCAUUGCAAUAGAGGACGAAUUUGAGCAUGAACUACUAUCAGAGGCUGAGACUGCAUGGUCCCAGCGUGAAUGGUCGAUCCAACAUGUCUUGUUUCCAUCCAUGAGACUAUUUCUAAAACCUCCAAAUUCAAUGGCUGUUAAUGGAACAUUUGUCAGGGUGGCUUCAUUGGAGAAGCUGUACAAGUUUUUCGAACGGUGCUAAUCGAAGAACUGGUAUGUAAAGUAUUGCGUGAAGGGCUAUCAGUGCAGUGUUAUAUGUCAUCUUAAAAAUUGUCUGCUCCAAUCCAAAACAGCAAGGCUCAUUUCCUCGAACCAAUAACCUCUUUUUAGUUUUGUGAAUUCUGUUAUUUGCAUGUAAAUGAUGGGCAUAGAAAGGACUGAAGACUAGAGUUGUUGACAUUGGGGCAAAAGGAGUUGAUAGCUUUGUUG